AUGGAAGAACUUCGUUUUAACUCCGAUAAUGGCAGCGCAAUAUCAGCCUUCUACAAUUUGCCGAGAUUGUAUCCGGACGAUAGUAUCGCAGACAGCAACUACGAACCUACUGAUGAUGAAUCAUCUGGUAGUUCCGAUACAAACUCUACUGCCUCCCCCAUACUUGCGCAAACCGCAGACACCAAUGACGAUGAGUUAUCCGUUACUUCUGGGACAAAUUCUCCAUUACAAGGAAGUAGUGCUGCCUCCGCGCCUAGGUAUGCCAAAAACAGACACAGAUGA